GUCUUUAAAAGCGCGCCGCAGGUUUCGUACAAAUGGCGGUCUCUUGCUAAACUGUUGUCACGGUACAAGAGUUUUUACCUGAGAUAAUCGCUAGUUCGUGUAAUAUUUGACGUUUUCCGGUAAAGAAAAAACAUUGCAAAAUGUCUGCUCUAACUAAACCAAAGUCCGAGAUGACACCGGAAGAAUUGGCAAAGAGGGAAGAGGAGGAAUUUAACACCGGCCCUCUCUCAGUACUAACGCAAUCCGUUAAGAAUAACACUCAGGUAUUGAUAAAUUGCAGAAAUAACAAGAAGCUUUUGGGACGAGUGAAGGCAUUUGACAGACAUUGUAACAUGGUCUUGGAAAAUGUCAAGGAGAUGUGGACGGAACUUCCACGCACAGGGAAAGGCAAGAAAAAGGCAAAACCGGUGAACAAGGACAGAUUUAUCCCAAAGAUGUUCCUACGUGGAGACUCCGUCAUCCUGGUCUUGAGGAAUCCAUUGGCGACGGCAGCAGGAAAGUAAUAAAUCAAGGAUCAAUUUAAUACAUUACAAACCUAAGAUUAAUUAUUAUAAGAUUGCACUGGAAAUAAAACUUUUUUUAGCACAAA